GCCAGCGACGAACAGUCAGGCAGAGGGAGCGUGGAGGAGACGCACGGCCUGCCGGUGGCGAACCCCAAUCACGGCAACCCACAGCCCAGCCUCGCUUUUCCAGCCUGCCGCCUGGCCUCCAUCCUCAGCGCUUUCUGGAACGUCCCAAGGCUGGAGUGGAGAAAGGCUGAGCUGCCCCGGCUGUGUCUCUCGUGGUCCCUUGUGAAACCCUGCAGCCCAGCCGAGAUCGGUGCUCCUGACCUUCUGCCUCUGGACACGGGCUAAGAGCAGCCGGGAGGAGGACGGAUCCCGCGUCAUGGAGAAGGUUCACUGCCUAGCGCUGCUCCUGGCCUUCAGCUCGGCCACAAGUGCAAGCCCAGUGGAUGUUCAAGACUGCACCCUCCAGCCACUCGAGCAGGGACAGGGAGUCAGAGUGCUGUACUCGACCGGCAGGGUCCCAAGCGGCUGCGUGAGCCGGGCUGCUCCAGAAGCUGAUCGAGAAGUCCACGUCCUCUAUCUGCAGUGUGGAGACAAAAGUGGGAUGUCCCAGCUCUUCCUGAACGUGUCGUCUGCUGACGGAAACAGCACCCAGCGGCGGAAAGUGGUGUUCGUGGUGAGCGCCAAUGGCUUCUCCUUGUUAACCAUCCAUUCAGAGGAUCUGCCCCUCACCUUCAUCUACAACUCUGAAAACAUUUUUCUGAACAUGAACACGAACAACGGAGAAACCAACACAACCGCACUUCCUUCCUUUGCCAGUGGCGAGGAGCUCUUGAAGUGGGCCAAAUUAAAGUACGGGGGUGUUUCCUCCUUUGCCAGCGUAGGGAGCCCUCAACGGAUCCACUUUCAAGUAGGCAAAGAGAUCGGAACUUCCGAGGACUGCAUCCCAGAGACGGAUUUCGAUGCCGGGCAGUACCUGGAGAUGGAUGUCAUCUCCUCGGAGGUCAAAAGCUGUCCUCACCCCAGCAAAAACCCCAGGAAAGAAGCGCAUAUCGUCUGGCUCCAGCAGGGCCACCAGGACUCCGGCACGCAGGCGGUGGAGCUGAACAUGAAUGUGACUUGUGACAAAGGAGACCCUUUUAAGGAGCUCAGCGUGGUGCUGGUGCUUAAAAGCCAGCACAGUCUGCUGUGGAACAUCGGCUCGACGACCCAUUCGACCCAGUUCUUGGUGUCUGGCAAGUACAGCUUAAAGCACAUGAGCUCCGGGAAGAUUGACGGCGAAGCCCUCCCAGACAGCAAAGAAGGUCUGAUCAGAAAGGUCCAUGACAGAGGCGUCGAUUUCAUUGCUUCCUACACAGAGAUACCGUCUGCCAACCGCAUCACCCUAGAAGUAGUCCGAUGUGCAGAAGAGUCGAGGGAGGCGGCUACCACGCCACAGGCCAGAAGUCACCCGCACAGCCCGACCAGAGAGAUCGAAGGCCUGAUAAACCUCGUGGUGCCGUGGAGGUGCCUGGAGAACACCAUCGAAGUGGCCCUGGCCAAGCAAUACUUGUCUGUUUUAAAGGAUCCCAUCACAAUUAUGACUCUCUCGGACUCCCGCUGUGUGGCACAAGAUAACAUGACGCAUUUUGUUCUGAGAAGUGGCUUGGAAGAUUGUUUCACUCGGGUGGAAAGCGGAAUCCAUGUCAAGAACAAGCUCAUUGUGACCCUGGCUUCUCUGCAGCAAGUCACGAUACCGUUUCAGUGUGAUCUCCCGGAGAAGCUUUCUCUCCAGCUUUUCUCCACACCAGAAUUCAGAUUGCCAUCCACAACUCUGGAAUUCAACGAAGUGGCCUAUGUCCAGGUGUCGCUCAGGACAGCCGACCAAGACUCAUCUCUGCAACUCCAAGAAUGUUCCCUAAAAGCCACUGGCAGAACAUCCAUGCCACUGAUCCGCAACGGCACCUCAGCCAGUUCCUCUGUGGAGAUCUUGGAAGUUCCCGACAACUCUCCUGGCACACGGAUUCAUCGCUUCCGAUUCGUCUAUGAAGCCAAAGAUGGAGGGCGGCCCAGUUUGUCCGCCACCCUUGUCUGCUGGGUGUCUCUGAACCGCCAUAAUCCCAGCUCCUUUGAAAGCUCUUUGGACGUGAAGGUGAACGACCCCAACUCUCCAUCGCACGAUCAAGGCUUGGGGAUCGGCACUGUCGUUGGAAUAACUUUUGGGGCCUUUCUAAUCGGAGUCCUGCUCACAGCAGCGUUGUGGUACAUCUACUCCCACACACGUCCUCUGGCCAAGAUGCAGCCCGUCUCUGCGAAUCCCCCCGCCUCCGAGAGCAGCAGCACCAACCACAGCAUCGGCAGCACGCAGAGCACCCCCUGCUCCACCAGCAGCAUGGCAUAGCAACUUCGGACCGGGGACCGGACAGGGCCACCGACCCCUCUUUAGGGGGAGGUGUCAGAAUUGUGGACGGUUAACCUUCUGCCAGUCAGGAACAGGGAAGCCUCUUACUGGAGAGGGCAAAAGAGAGGCUGUGUGUGUGGGGUUUUUUAAAGCUCCUCGGAGUGACCAAUUUCAGCCAGCACUUUAAGGCGACUCCCCGGGCAGCCAUCAAGAGCUCCAGCCGAGCAGGAUCCUUCUGCCGACAAUUUCCGGCACCGUCCGUCACGCUGAGACACCCCCACCCCCCAACCGGUUCUUUCUGCAGGGGACGCCCGGUCAGCCUUUGGCUCACAAGCCCACCGUUGUCAUCCUGGCGAGCCAAGCCUUUAGCCCAGGACUGGAUGGUUCCAGCUGAUUGAUAA